AUGAUUUCAAACCCCUCGGUCUUGUUGGCUCUGAUCUUGGUCUUAUCAGCCAUGACGCUCAAUGUGACGCAAGCCACCUAUGAGGCAUUUGCCGCCAGCUCUUCCUCCGAAUGCUGCAGCAAGUGUAUCGGCAAAACGUCGGAUAUCGCCUAUAGCUACGACCCACUCAUCUUUGAACAGUGCACAAGUGUGACGGGAGGCAUCUGCUGCUUCGAUUGUGGCAAUUCGGGUGACCCGAUAUAUGAAGACACCGUAACAUACGGAGACGAUGGUGUGACAGCAGUCGUCGAGUCAGGUACCUACAUCGCUUUUACAUGGAGCGGCGUCGAGAGCGUGACGUACGUGUCGCUCAAGACCGGUCAGAAAAAGAUGGUGACCCCGACAGUGUCGGAUGCUGCAGCGACGAAAAAGUCGGAUACGUUCCUAAUCUGUGCCAAGUCUGCCGGUACCAUUUACUUCCGAGGCUGGGGCAAUGAUACUUGUCGUAAGGCAUCGCCAGAACACUCGAUCACGAUCGAAGCGGGUGACUCGAGCAGUACCACUUGUGACGCAAAUGACGUUAAGGUGACUACGUCUUCGAGUUCAAGUGAUACGAGUUCAGGUUCUAGUUCGGUGGCGGCUGAUGCGACUGUGAAGAAUUGUAACCAGCAACGAGCUAGUAUAGUAACAGUAGACGGGAUGGAGACUUGCGUGUGUGUCUCGGACUGGACGAACCCACCGGAGUGCGAUCGCUGGCCUUUGUGGAAGUGGCUCGUAACAAUUGGUGGUGGAGUUGCUGCACUUUUCUCGAGUAUUAUUUCUUUGCGGGCACUACUUGCAGGCCGCAAAAAGAAGCAAGAGGAAUACCGAGAGAGCGUGGAUCAAAUCACACCUCAGAGUGAUGUCGCAACGCUGAAAGUGACACCGGACAGCAACUACCAUGUCAACGGAGUGCCCCUGUCCAAGUAUGACCAGCAGGAAGAUCGCACAUUCGGAGCUCCUCGGAAGCCCGCGAGCUACGAAUUUAAUCUUUGA